AUGAUGGCCACUGCCAUGCACAGGUGCGUGGAAAACUUGCACGCCAUCUAUGCAUGGCACAUCGAAGAUGACGCCAUGUGCUUUGUGGCGCUACGGCGACGACAUCAAGUACCUUUCUUUAUGACAUCUAUGAUGCCUGGACCUCAUGCUAUAUGGGGCGAUUUUUCCAGCCGCUCCAUUCACGCCAAUGCUGAUUUCGCGUCCUGGUUGCGUGAAGAUCGAGGACCACCAUGCCGUGAAUGCCUAGUAUCACUGUGGAUUUUUCAAAAGACGUGGUAUUGUGUAUGGGAAAAAGUGCUGGACUUGCGUAAUGCCACGCCGACAUUGGUCCCAACCAAACCGUCCUUGCCGUGUGUGGUGUUGUCCCUAAAAUGCCAGGACACACUUGAACAUUUUGCGGUGGGUGAUACCCCUUCUGCGAUAACACCGAGCGAAUUCACCUCCUCUUUCACUUGGCAAGAUCUGGAAUAUAUGGCCCGUAUACAGUCAGACGCGCACCAUACAAAAGAUGCUGAAAGACUUUUGGCCUUGCGGUGCACACCUGCGCUCCAGAGCAACUCGAUCUUGGCACAACGUCGCUAUAAAUUCGAGCUGCGGCACACACACGAUCUAUUGCGACGAGCACGGCGCAAUCGUGAACAAGCACUAUCUGACCUGUAUGAUACGUUGGAAGCACGACAAAAGGCGUUGGGCGAGAAGCAGCAGCAGCUCCAAGCGAUCCGUGCGCGCAUGAAAAAUAUCAGGCUCGCGUGCACAAAAUUAUCCGAUGAUAAGGAUCUUGUGCUUUCUGAACUCAAUCAUAUGCAAAAAGAGGUUGGCAUGCAUCGCGCACGUCUUCUCCGCGAUCUCGAUGAUAUAUACCCUAUCCAACUAGUUCAUGCGCGUGAUUUGCUCUAUUCCAUCGUCGAUUUGCCGUUGCCGAAUGGUAUUGCUACUACCAAGGAGAAUACCACCACGCUAGUGCACCGCACUAAUUUGGACGAAACUAGCGCGGCUCUAGCCUAUGUGGCCCAACUGAUGAUCCUGCUGAGCACUUAUCUUCAUACGACACUGCCCUAUCCGCUGACAUCUUCCGGCAGCCGUGCAACUGUCCAGGACCGCAUCAGCAUAAUGACAGGUCCCAGAUCUUUUAUUCUCUCCGGUAAAGAUAACGAAUUGUACCGCUACGAAUAUGCCGUCUUUUUGCUUAACAAGGACCUAGAACGACUCAUGAACCAAUUUCAUGUCCCCCUUCUGGAUUUACGUAAUACGCUGCCGAACCUCAAGAACCUGCUCGUGACCUUGUCGGCGGCAACACUCACGUAG